CGUGAAGUAUGCAUGCCAUGUCACCAGCAUCGUCAGCUUUCACCCUCGUCACUCUCAUCAUUAUCAUCAAGUCUUCCUUCGUUUCAUUUCUCUAUCCUACAACCACGGCAAACAGAUGCACCACCCCUCCGUACUUCUACAAGGUAGCUUUUCGAUAUCCUUUCUGCGCUUGUGGAUGCCAUUCCAGCCAUAUUCUAGCACUGAAUGAAUCGACAUGAUCAAACUUGUCACCUAGGUUGCCAUCGCGAACCAACGUGUCGACCAAGUGUAUAUCUCGACAGUGCACCGGAUAAAUAUCCGAAGUUGGGGCUACAGGAUGAACCAACUAAUCACGAAGCGCGUUGGUAUCCGAACUCCGUCAAUAAGUGGGGGAGAUCUACGCCUGCCGUUUUGGGAUCCUACACAGCAGUCUCGGUGCAUUCUCUUUUCCCCUCAAUCGUCUUCUAUUUCUUUGCAUAUUGUUCUCCUUCUUCUCUCUUCUUGACACUAUCUUUGCUAUUGGUUUUACCCCUUCAUAUUUCACUCAAACACGCUUGUGCAUAUCUAAGAUGCGAAACGAGCAUCGGUCCUUCUCUUGCGCAUCCGUUUAUCACCAUAAUUGACACCGCCCAUUGGCGAGAUAUAUGAUCAUUGACGAUUAUUGUUUGAUGUCUGCUUAGGCUAUCUGCCUUGUAUAUGCAAUUGUUCGAGACUGUUCGAUGUUGACUG